AUGGAGAGCCUGCUGCCUGCCCUGGGGCCCGCCUGCCAGCUGAUGCUGGAGCAUCUGUGGGGCACUCUGCUGGUGGUUUCUGAGAGCUGGACACACGUCUCGGGUCUCCCUGAGUUUCCCUGGGAGAUCCUGGUAUGUGCCUUGGUGCUGGUUCUCACCGUAAAGAGAUGGCACGGUUUAAGAAGUGUGAAGCUGCGAGGGCAAAGGUCUUCUGCCUGUGAGGAAGUCUACGGGAAGUGUAGUGAGGAUGUUGGACCACGGACUCAGGCUGACGGAGACCUCAAGCCGCCUCGGGUGGAGGCCAGCCCUCCCGCCUUACAGACCUUGUGCUUGUCGGCGAUGAACGCAGACCUGAGCGGGUCAUUGUUUCAGGACUUGGCGGACUUCCUGGAGAAUGUGUGGCACGGCCAGUCUUCUCCACUUUCCCAAGUUACUGAUGGAAAACACACCUUAAAAGCAUCAGAGGACGAUGGAGAACAACCUCAGAAGAAAGAAAUGAGUGAUUUGAACAACAAUGUUGAUUCUCCAGAAAGUCCAGAACCGUCUGACCGAGAAAUCGAGACAGAAGAGCAGCGAGUCCGGGAAAAGGAGGGGCCGGGAGGAGGCCCGGAGCCGCCCGAGGCCCGCGAGGAGCGGGUCCUGGAAGACAGGGUCAGCCGACUCAGAUCCACAGCCGAACACCUGCUGACCAUCCUCCCCUCCCCUGAGCUCCUCGGAGACCGCCGGGGUGACGGGGACCCAGACGUCCCGCAAAAGAAGGAAGCAGAAAACGGCCACACCCCUGUCCAGGGGCCGGAGGCUGACCCGCAGGGCGUCAAUGACGGUGCUGACGGCGCGGUGUCCCUGCCACGACCCGAAGGGGAGCAGCAAGCGACGGCCGGACGCCCGAGGGGAGAUCAGCGAGGGAGGGAAGAGCUUCCAGGAGGAACCACAAGCUUCCACAUUGAGGAGGCGUCCCUGCGGUGUGCAAAUUCAUGGCUCGACUGCGAGAUCCAGCUGCUGAGGCGGAAGCUCCAAGGCCUGCCUGAUCUGCAUGACCGCUGCGUGAUGGAGCUUCACAGAAGGCUGUUCGCGCAGGAAGCCCGCUGCGUGGAAUCCAAGAAGCAGCUCUUCCGCGUGUGUAGAGAGCUGAACUCCGAGUGUCAGAUCCGCAACCUCUCCAAGAAGAUAGCUGGAGACGUGCGCGAAGAGCUGGAGAGGACCGCUGCCUUCCAUCAGCAGGAGGUGCGUGUCCGCGAGGAAAGAGCCCAGGAAAGCUGGGAGGCGGCCGUGCGGCUGGAGGGAGAGCUCAGCGCGCUGGCCCGAGAGAACGCCCGCCUCCGGCAGGUGCUGGCCCAGGUCGAGCACAACUCCCAGCUCGCCCCGCGGGGCCUUCUUGCUCCUGCUGCUCCACCCGCAGCCCACCGGGGCCCGGAGGGGUCGGGGGAGCCCCUGGGUCACAUGACCCGCUAG